AUGGAUCACGAUAACUUAUGGGAGGUAACGGUAGUUCCAUCAGUAUCAUUUAAAACUACAUCUAUUAGUAGUAGAGCAACAUUUUCCACAAGAACUUUAAGUAUCGCAAGCGAAUACGAGAGUAAACGAGAUCUGUAUCUUCCGUUUCAAAAUGAAAAAGAGAACGAGGACGCCUGUAAAGCUACUAAAAGAUCGAAAAUUAUACCAUCAUCGCUUGAUCAUCCAAGAUUCAAUUGUGAUGACUCGCACCAUUCUAAUCAUUCGGAAAGAAAAUCGAUUUCUAUAUUAUGCAAAAAUGGAAAAGAAUUAAACGAUCAAAUGGAUGAGAAAAUAAGUACAGGAAAUCCAUGCCUUGAAAUGUGCGGAGAAACAAACAAUUUAGUGCACGCGCCCUUCAUUGAACUAGGAGCGGUUUACAAAAUUCUUGACUUUAUUACAGAUUCAGAUCCUAAAGUAUCGUCAUUGACUAACAGUUGUUGUAACGAGAUAUCGAGAAUAUUGCGAUGUCUGUUAGCGCAGUGUCGCGACAAAACGUUAGAAGAUCUUCUCUUAAACGAUUCUUCUCUGUAUAGAUGCGAGCGUUGCGGGGUAAUAAGUUACAUAUUGCCAUCGCAUCUUGCUUCUGAAGAAAUUAAAGAAAGUAAAAUGAAAAUUAGACGCGAUGCUGAGAUUAUGACAGUCACGUAUGAUCAUGUUAAUGAUAAUCAAAAUAAUGAGAAAUCAAAAAUUUCAAUAAAUCCUGCAGAUAAAAAAAAUAAUGCGCAAUCGAAAGUGUUUGUUAAUGAUUGUAAAAUAGAUCGACGGGUUAAAUGUAAACACGAAUUGAACGCAACAGAAUCAUUGCCAAUUAAAGAACACAUUUUCGUAAUGAAGAGCUGUACUGAAAAUCUAAAUAGAACUAAUGAUAUUUCCGACGUAGAAGCUGCUAGCGCCAAGAUAAAAAAUAAAUCUUACUUUAAUAACAAUGGCGUUAAGAGAGAAUGGUCUCCGGAUAUUAAAACAUUGAGAAGGCAAAUGAGAUACGAAUGUAACGGCGCAACAAAAAAUUAUCAUCGGAAUGACGAUGAAUCUUUAAUAUCGAUGAAAGCCUGCGCUGAUACUGACAAGGAGGAAAUCGUGAGAAAAAUUUCGUACGAAGCCAAAUCACAAAUCGACGGUUUGCUAGCGGGAAUUUGGUAUUCUAAAAACGCGCAGAAAACGCAAUGUUCGCAGCAGUCUUUCGAGAAACACGCCGAUAUUUCUACGGUUACCGAUACCGUUAAGUAUUUGGCACAUGGUCCAUUUGUGACAUCAGGCAAGGAAGAGGAUGAACUGUUUUUGAAAUUGCAAGACAGACAUUGCGUUCGUUUGGUGAACGCGAGGAAGGGACAGAGUUCUGUCUUGUACAGUCGAAACGAUUAUCCGCAACACAAUUCAGGAUUCUGGUUGUUCGACGAGUCGGGACGUUUACCGGAAGUCUUGGAUGAAUAUCGUUAUCUACCAAUGCCGAGAUUGGAUAAUCAAGAGAAUGUCCGUUUUGAUGCAAACAUUUUGCGACGCUCUAAUACAGCAGUGAAGAUAAGAAAGAUGGAUAGUUGGUCUGAUUGCUUGGAAAAGGAUUCGCUUGAAGAUUGCGCUCGAUUACAGCAGAGAGGAGAAAGUGACACUGCGACUUUUAGUUCGUCGUCCGCUGAGAAUUUGAUACACGAAUGGAUGGAAUCUGUAGAUACAAGAAACGAGAUAAAUGACAUAGACGACGAUGUUCCCCGAGGUCGUAGAUUAGUUUCGUCAAGACCCUCCCUCGAUAUUGCUCGACAUGUCAAAGCUGAAAUUGCAAGAGAUACUUGUUCCGAUAACGCAAAAACAUCGAUGCUACAGGCACGUGAUUCGAAUAUUGUUGCUCGAUUAUCCCCAGAAACACAAAGAAAAAUUUGUCACUUAAUUCAGAAAAUAAUGUUAUUGGAUUCCACUAGAGAUUUGGCGUUUUAUUGCGAGAAGUGUUCAAUGACCGACGCUUUUAAUAGCGAAAAAUUGCUCCAUUCUAAAUUCGUAGAUGCCAGAUUUGUUCAUUCUAAUAAUCAGAUAACAAAUACCUGCGCGAAUGAUUACAUCCCGAUGAAAUUGUUCGAUUCAUCAAAAGACAAGAAUCAUUUAUUUAAAAGACUAGCUAAUUCUGUAAACACACACAGUCAAGAUUUAAACAAAUCCAAGGAUUCCAUUCAAAUCCCUCACGAAAGUAUAAUUACUCCUGUUCCUCCAGACAAGUCACUAAGAAGAGUCGAACAUGUAGAUAAUUCUACAAAAAGAAUUACACGACAAAUUAUUUAUAAAAAUAUGUCAUCAAGAAACGUUGUUAAGAAGAACGAUGGAUAUACAGCGACUGAAAUUUUAUCAAUCUAUCGCGAAAUUCUCGAAAACAGCAAAAAUAUGGAAUGGGACAACUUUCAGGAAUUAGUCGAAGACCUUCACCCUGAGCAAAAAGAAAUAUGGCGCAAUAUAUGUAGAAUAAUCAGCGAGAAAGCGAAACGAGAAAGAGCCGGCGAUGCGGACAGUAACAUCGAAGUCUCUAUAGAAAUUAGCCCAGUGAAUCCUGAAGAAAAUAUGAAGACGAGCGAAAUAAAGACAUGUACACGGGAAAUCGUGUUCGAAGUGGACAUGACGCUGAAGGAUGUCGAGAGUUUCCUCCGCAAAGAGCUAUAUCCGACCGAUGAGUGUCUUGACACGUAUAAGGAUGGCCACAACGACGUCACUAGUUGCAGCAAAAGCAAGCAAGAGUCAAAUUCCAACCAGAAGUCAACUCGUUACAUUCCAGUCAUGUCUAAGUAUGUACCGAUUUCGUAUCAAUUCUAAAUAUUUCUGAUCAUCGUUCAAGAUAUUUUUUUCUACAUUUACGUAUUUCAACUGAGUGCAAUUCAGCCUUAAUGCCACGAAGGCCGUCCUAUCGCUAAUGCUCCACCGCAAGCAAUAAAUUAUCGAUACCGCGUACGACGAAAUAUUCGUUCGUUUAUCAUAAUCGAACGGUACACGCCCUUCGGUUCGAAACUAGGGGGAUAAAUUGUUCGCCAGUCAUUGCUCCUGCGGAAGAUGGCCUCGCCCAUCGUUAUAUCGGGCGCAGCUCAAGCGAAAGCGGCUGGAUGGGCUAGGUGGGUAAAUGGGUUGGUAGGG